UUUUUCUCUAACUCCUUUAUUUUAUUCUCUCUCUCCUAUUUCAAUUUUCCACCACCUUUCUUAAAAUUAAGUUAAAACCAACCCUCCGCUCUUCUUUAAUUCCCUCUCUUCUCAUCUUCCACCUCCCAUCUCCGCCAUGUCCGGCCACCACCACCCUCCUUGGACCCUCCUCAACUCCGGCAGCGAAAUCGCCAAUGAUAACAGCAACAACAAGAUAUCCCCCAUCAACGAUACCCACCUCCUUCCUCCUCCGCCGACGCAGGUGGGGAAGAAGAGAGAGGCGACCGAGGGAAAAUCCGGUGGCGCUACCGAAUCGUCGGAUCACGACAUUCAUAUUUGGACGGAGAGAGAGCGGCGGAAGAAAAUGAGAAAUAUGUUCUCUAAUCUUCAUGCCUUGCUUCCUCACCUUCCUCCUAAGGCAGACAAAUCCAGUAUAGUUGACGAAGCAGUAAACUACAUAAAAACCCUUCAAGAUACCCUCCAAAAACUCCACAAACAGAAGCUUGAAAAACUCGACAAUAACAAUAACAACAAUUCAUCUAUGAAUUUCUCCAAGAUUGUUCAUCAUCCCUCCACCACAACCCGUGAGGCAUUCUUGGCCGACCAAGCCUCCUCCAACGACGACAUGUCGUCGUCUGCUGCCCUAUUUUCUCAUUUUUCCACCACCGUCGCCGCCGACAAUGUCGUUAUGAGUAGUCUCCCACCGCCACCGCCACCCUCCGCCUUCCAAACUUGGACUUCCUCCAACCUCGUCUUGAGCGUCUGUGGCCGCCACGCUCAUAUCUGCGUCUGCUCCGCCAAGAAACCCGGCCUGUUCUCCGCUCUUUGUUAUGUUCUUGAUAAGCAUCAAAUCGACGUCGUUUCUGCUCAUGUCUCCUCCGAUUUCCAUCGCUCCUUCUUCAUGAUUCAAGCUCACGCGAACGGAGGUUACGACGAAUUUGGGGCGACGACGGUGGCGGAAGAUACAUUCAAGGAAGCUGCAGGGGAAAUCAUAUUUUGGUUGUCUUCUUGAUGUGAUUAUCAAAUCUCUUCUUGACCAUGAAGUUUCAGAGAGCUUGAGAUCA